UCACGAAACAACGAAAGGACUUUUCUGUGCGUGUGGUGGUGGUGGUGGUGGAGGGGGUGGGGGGCGCUGCGGUCCAAUAUAACGAGCAUGCGCAGUGUCUGCGGACCGCUUGGCACGCAGACCGCAAUAUGGCGAGAGCGCCUGAGAGCGGAGGCUGCACGGAGUUUUCGGGCUGGGAGAACGACAUCCAGGGCGUGCGCAUCACCGGGGAGGAGAGCUGGGAGUCCGCGGCGGUCGGCACUCCGAGCGUGGACAGCAGCGCCCGACUCUCACCCGAGCCCCAGGAGCGCACCCGGCUGAGCGACAACACCCGGCUGGCGACCCGCUACGCCGUGCGCAUUUUCCGGGAGUACCUGAGCGACAAGGCGCGCAGUCCGGACUUCGAGAGCCUGGACAAGGCGGAGCUGUGCGCUCUGCUGCGCUCCUUUUACGCGGAGGCGCGCUCUAAAAGCGGCCAGUUGUACAGCAAGUCGUCGCUCGUCAGCAUCCGGAGCUCGCUCAACCGCUACCUGAACGAGCCGCCCCACUGCCGCACGCUGGACCUCACCAAGGACCCGGAGCUGCGCGGGGCCAACCUCGCCUUGGCGGCGGUCAUCCGGCGGUUGGAGGAGCGGGGCGCCGGGCCGGUGGUGCAGAAACAGGCGAUCGCGCGCUCCGACCUGCGCCGCCUCUACGAGUCGUCCAUGUUCGACGCGUCCACACCCCCGGGGCUGCUCAACAAGGUUUGGUUCGAGACCUGCAUGUACUUCAGCACCAGAGGCCGCGAGAAGCAACGCGAGCUUCGCGAGGACUCCUUCGCGCUGGCCGCCGACGAGCAAGGCCGGAAGUUCGUUUACUUCCGAGCGACGCGGGGCAGCCGGAAGACGGCCGCCGACGAAGACGUCACGCUGCGGCCCCGCAUGUACGAGACGCGCACCUCGCUGUGUCCGUACGCCAGCUUCGUGCGCUACCUGGCCAAGCGCAACCCGCUGUGCCGAGCUUUCUUCCAGCGGCCGCGCGACGCCUGCGGCCCGGCCGACGGCACAUGGUUCGAGAACAAGGCAGUCGGGAAGAAUCUUCUGGGCACGCGCAUGCAAAUGCUGUCGCGCGCCGCCAAGCUUUCCAGGACUUACACCAACCACUGCAUCGGCGCCGUCUCCAUAGCGACGCUCGACAGCAUCUUGGGCGUCGCCGACACAGACUGCAGCGGGCGGUGCGCGGCAAUGGAACGCGGUCACGUGGGUGCUGAGAUCACGAGUUUUGCGCCUCCCCACCCCAAAAGACUGGGCGCGAAGUCAGGAGCCAGAGAAAGACAUGCGCAUGCGCGGUCUCCUGUCCGCGCCACCGUCACUCAGGACAGCGAUGGGCAGAUUUCGGCGUCCCCGCCCGGUUUGUCUGACAUCCCCUCGACAGCGCAACUCAGCAAAGCCAACGCACCGGUCCACGUGGACGUGGGAGGUCACACGUACACCAGCAGCUUGGAAACCCUCACAAAGUACCCCGAGUCACGGAUCGGGCGAUUGUUUGACGGAAGCGAGCCGAUUGUGCUCGACAGUCUGCGGCAACACUACUUCAUCGACCGAGACGGCGCCAUGUUCCGCUACAUCCUCAACUUCCUGCGCACCUCCAAGCUCCUCCUCCCGGAUGACUUCAACGAGUACGCUCUGCUGUAUGAGGAGGCCUCCUUCUUCCAGCUGGCUCCUCUGCAGGCGGAACUUCGGCGCUGGCACGGCUUGAGGGAAAGCGAGAACGCAGCGGCGCCGUGGGAGUGCGUAGCGGUUCAGGUGGCUCGAGAUCCGCACGAGAGGAUCACGCUGAGUGGUCGACGGACCACCCUGGGGGAGACCUUCCCUGAAGUGAGAGAGUUGGUGUGCAAAUCCGGAAGCGCCAGACCGGAGAAGGACCCCGCGCAUGUCUGUCGCUUUCCUCUUGAGGACGACUGCACCCUCAACUCUGUACAGGUGCUGGAGCGUUUACAACAGAGGGGAUUUCGGCUGACGGGCUCCUGCGGCAGCGCCGAUGCCUCCUCAUACCUCUGCCAGUACCUAUUAGGUCGGGCGGGCGGGGUGGAAGACUGCGAAGAGCUGUAAAAAGUCAAGUCGCCCAUCGAUCGCACAGGGACAAACUGCUCCUGUUAGUACUGUAAUGAUGACGAUGUCAUGUGACAGGACAUCCAGCACAAAAUGUAUCUGCGAAGAAAACAGUUCGUUUUUUUUUUCUAGGUAUAACAUGACACAAAAUGCUUGUGGACAUUUUUUAAUGAAACUGAGUGAGAAAAACAAAGACGGCUUCAACGAAAGCUUCAACACAACAUACAAAACAAUGAGCACAGCAUCAGAAUAACAGUGGACCCCCACGUACAUGUGAUUCAGCAUCCGCAAAUUCAAAUUUCUUUAGUUGGCAUGAAAAAAAUUGGGUUUUUUUUUUUACGUUUUUAGGUUGUUGAUCAGCAUUUUAUUGGGUUGAAAUGGGAAUCUAUUAUACAUGGAUUUUUGCAAUUCACGGGCUGGCUUGUCCUUAUCCCCCCGCGAGUAGUGGGGUCUACUGCAACUAACAAACAAAAAAAAAGAUAUUUCACAACAAAGACAAACUCCUAAACUUCAACAUGUAUUAUUGCAGACCCAACUUCGAAGUUUUCCCGGAGACGAGCCAUUGUUACGGCCAUGUUCUUGCUUAGGCUCAAGACUGGAAAUUUGAGAUAUGAAAAGCAGCUUUUGGGGGAGAGCAAACAAUUCCUGAAGUUGACUGAACAUGAAACAAAGAAGUUCAACUUGCAAAAAAACAACAACCCUGCUAUCUUAA